AUGACUGUGAAUUGCUCCCUGUGGCAGGACAACAGUGUGUCUGUCAAGCGUUUUGCAUUUGCCAAAUUCUCUGAGGUUGCAGAGCACUGCUUUCUUCUGUUUGCCCUGGUCCUGCUGAUGUUCUUAGCUUCGCUAACAGGCAAUGCUCUCAUAGCCCUGGCCAUCCGCACCAACCCCAUCCUGCACACCCCCAUGUACUUCUUCCUGGCCAACCUGUCUCUCCUGGAGAUUGGCUACACAUCCUCAGUGGUGCCGCAGAUGCUGCAGAGCCUCGUGAGUGAGGCCCCAGCCAUCUCUAGGGAGGGCUGCGCCACGCAGAUGUUUUUCUUCACAUUCUUUGCCAUCAGUGAGUGCUGCCUGUUGGCAGCCAUGGCUUUCGACCGCUACAUGGCCAUCUGCUCCCCGCUUCACUAUGCAACACGCAUGAGCCAUGGGGUGUGCGCCCGCUUGGCCGCGGUUUCCUGGGGAGUAGGCUGCACAGUGGGCCUGGGCCAGAGCAAUUAUAUUUUCUCCUUGGACUUCUGUGGCCCCUGUGAGAUAGACCACUUCUUCUGCGACCUCCCCCCAAUCCUGGCACUAGCCUGCGGGGACACAUCUCGCAACGAGGCUGCAGUCUUCGUGGUGGCGGUCUUCUGCAUCUCCAGCCCAUUUUUACUCAUCAUUGCUUCCUAUGGCAGGAUUCUGGCUUCAGUGCUGGCCAUGCCCUCUCCUGAGGGUCGUCAUAAAGCCCUCUCCACCUGUUCCUCCCACCUACUUGUGGUGACCCUCUUCUACGGCUCUGGCUCGGUCACCUACCUAAGGCCCAAGACCAGUCACUCUCCAGGAGUGGAUAAACUGCUGGCCCUCUUCUACACGGUGGUGACUUCCAUGCUCAACCCCAUCAUCUAUAGUUUACGAAACAAAGAAGUGAAGGCAGCUCUCCGGAGAACCUUGGGAAACAAGAGGAUCAUCAAUGUAAAUACAGUUAUUUUCAAUAUUUUCCUUUCUUCUAUAUUCCUGAAAUGGAGACAUGUCUCACAGAUUUGA